AGCAAUUGUGAACAACGUCAAUGCCAUACACCAUACACAAAAUGUUACCACGAUUACUACGAAGCUCGAGGGUUUUGCCUAGGUUGAGAGUAAGCAACAUAAACAAUGCGAGAAAUCUUGUCCAAAGGAGAACGCUAGUUGCAGCGCCAAAAGUUGGAGAUGGUCCAUUGAUGGAGAGGAGAGGGGAUCGAGAAUUACCUGACAUUCCUGAAAAUGGCAUGAAAUGGGUCAGAUCUAUCCCCAUAUUCCUCGCCGUCCUAAUCUCCAGUACUCUCGCCAUUUUCAACUACCAAAAGUCCUCGUCUUCCGUUGUAUCAUCCACUCUCUACGCCCUGCGCACAUCACCCAAAGCGCGUGAGUUCCUCGGCGACGAGAUUUAUUUUGCGCAUAAGAUGCCGUGGAUCUGGGGAGAAAUGAAUCAAUUGCAUGGCAGGAUUGAUAUUCAGUUUGAGGUUAAGGGAACGAAGAGGAGUGGAACAAUGAAGUUUACGAGUCAUAGAGCCACAAGACAGGGCAUGUUUGAGACGACUGAGUGGAGUUUGGAGGGCGGGGAGGGGGAGGAAAAGGUUAAGAUUGAUCUUUUGGAUGGUGCGGAUCCGUUCAAGGGAAUUGAGGAUGUGGAGGAGAGGUCAGCGGAACCAGGCAGAGGAAGUUAUGCGCCCACUUUGUCAGGAUAGAGGUUGGGCUGUGGUUUGAGUGAAAUUGAGAGAUGAAAGAGAUUUGAGAGAGUAUAGGGAUCUCGUAAAUUGAGGGGAAAGAACUUUGGUUGGCUCCAGUCACUUAUGAAGAUGGCUAUUAGUCAUGCACCGAGCGCAUGUAUAAGCAAAUCUGGAUGUGUCAAGACGAUGAGGAUAGACUUAACAGUUGCAGGGAAAAGGGUAUUGGGUUGGCGUUAUAGGUUCAGGUCUGAAACGCC